AAAUUUACUAAUAUUAACUAAUAAAGUUUUGAAAGAAAAAAUAUAAAAAAUAUUCGUUUCAUGGUGUUACUUUAUUAUUAAUAUUUAUCCUUACAUACCCAUAUAUAUUUACAAGAGAUUCAGUAAAUUUACUUCAGCUCGUUUUUAGUGUAAUCACUCAGAAGCUAUGGCAUCUCAUAAAUUAUUUUUGAUUUGCUUACUUUUGGCCGCAGUGGUGAUUAUCACAGCUUAUACACAGUUGCCGAAGGAAAUGGAUACAGAAGCAGAUGCCUACGGAGUACCAAUUGAUGCAGUUAAAACAAUAGCGCCAGAAGAUAUUCCAAAAUCGCGAACAAAACGCGGGAUAUUUUGGGACUUUUUUCAGAAAAUGGUUACAACGAAAAAUUUACUUGUUGAUCAAUAUGUUGACACAAGAGACACACUCAGCGAUGUUUAUAAUUUACUGAAUGAAGGAUUCAGCGAUCCCGCUCCUCCAAAACCAACAAUAAGGCCACAUACGAGUACAACGAAAACAAGUGAUGAGGAUCAGUCAGGCAGUGGGGAAAUCUCCACUACAACCGAAGCUUACCGAGUGUCACGCUAUGAAUUGGGACGCAUUUUGGGGCGAAACUUCCGCGGUUUGCAGCGUUUGACCAAAAUCGAAUUCCAGGAUGCAUUUAAUCAAUCGCACUACAACAUACAGGAAUAUAAAGAUGAAGCACGCAAAGAAUUCGCAAAUAGCGUAGGUGUGGAGAAGGUUAAUAAGAUUAAAGGAUUAAAAGCGGCUAUAACUGGCUGAAAUAAAGUUGACAAUGCGCAUUUGUACAUACCUUAUGCCGAUGAAGAACCUGUAAAUAAUUAUGCUUUUAAGUCUCAGAAGCUGCGUAAUCUUUAAAUACAUAUAUACUGUAUGUAUUUAUUAUUUUUUAGAAUAUUGUGUUAAAUUUUAGAGAAUAUCAUAAGUUUUUAUCGAUAGUAGGCAUUUUUUGAUCAUAUUUAUGCAGUAGAUAAGAAUUUUGUAUAUAUAUAUGUUAGUCGGCAAUUAUUUAUUCUGUGAU